CGUUAGUGUGAAUGACACGCGCUUUGCUGGAGAGCCGUUUGGUUUGUGACGCACGGGUGACCAUUGAGCUGCGCGAAGUGCUCAGUAUCAGUUCAGUUCAGCUCAGAAACACGUACGCUAGUAAUGUUGGGCUCAGAGGACCACGGAGAGACUCGCAAACGAAACGGUACCGGAAUGAAGCGUCCGCUGAGUCCUGUUGAAGACGGGUUGCUGACUGAACAGACUGGGCAUGAGGGCGUGCCCUCUGAUGGGGUGGAGUUUACAAGACAGGACGCCCCACCUCUAAACUCUCGUCCGAAGCGGGAGCGCAAACACAGGUCGUACACACUCUGUGAAGUGUGCAACAUUCAGCUGAACUCCGCAGCACAAGCACAGAUACACUUCAAUGGCAAAACACACCAGAAAAGACUCAAACACAUAAACAACAGCAACACAGGUAUGGCUGCUCAGGGGAGCCCCCUGCUGGCCUCAUUACCGUUGCAGGGUCGCCCGCUGCAGACCCCUCUGGACCUGAAACACUUCCUGCCCUUCCGUCUCAGUGGCUCCUCCCCUCUCAGCCUGUUCCCCAACUUCAACACUAUGGACCCGGUGCAGAAGGCUGUGAUAAACCAUACGUUUGGUGUUCCUCAGUCCCUGAAGAAAAAACAGGUCAUCUCAUGCAAUAUCUGCCACCUGCGCUUCAACUCCACGAAUCAGGCUGAGGCUCAUUAUAAAGGCCAUAAACAUGCUCGUAAGCUGAAGGCAUUAGAGGCUCAGAAGAACAAACAGCAGAGACGACAACUCGACAAUGCGCAUCACAACCGAGACAGAGAGAAGGACCGAGACAGGGACAGGCAGAGAGACAGCAGCAGAGUGAAAACGAGCGCUCCGGAUCCACUUCCUGCCCUGCUGGAUGACACCGCCAUGGAGGAAACUGCUGUCUCUGACUCAGAUCCUGUCGUGAGUGUGGAUGAUGCUCACUCUAGUUCGGUGGUCCUGACACCUAUAUCAGAGGUCUCGUCUGCAGACCUGUCUGUCUCCUCCCCUCACUUCCAGAACCCGGACGGUCUGCUGGAACCCACCGGUGCCGCCAGCGAGAUAGCUGCUCAGCAGGACAACUCUACAGGGGACACACCGGCAGAGAAGGACCCCAAAAAAACCAAACAACAUCUGCAUUGCCCCAUCUGCAAAGUCACAGUCAACUCCACCACUCAGAUGGAUGCUCACAAUAGUGGCACCAAACAUAAACUAAUGAUGGAAGGACAGAGUGUGUUGCCACGACGACGAGGGAAGACACUGUCAUCCCGCCCCUCAUGUAAAAGCAAGCGAUUGGCCAGUAAGGGGAGUGUGGGCGUGGCCAGCAAGAGCUUCAACUGUGAAGUUUGCGAGAUCCAUGUUAACUCUGAGACUCAACUCAGCCAGCACAUGAACAGCCGAAGACAUAAGGAUAGACUGGCUGGGAAGCCCCCGAAGCCCAAGUUCAACCCUCAUGCCAAGAGUCAGCCUACCUCAGCAGCCUCGCAGGGUGUCAGAUGGAACGGUUAUGCGGGAGGCGCACUGUCUGCUAUGAAGAAAGUUAUCAACCAAUGCAAUCUGUCCUCUCUGUCCUCACAGACUAAACUGAUUCUACAGAAGCAAUUGACUAAAAAUUUGGCUGCCAGCUUCCUUCCCACCCCCAUAACUCCGCCCACCCUCUGCACAGUCACAGCCAAUCCUCUCGCACUGCGACACCCGCCGGGCACUACUUUCAUUCAGACGCCCAUCCUCGGCCCUGCCCUCUUUAGGCCAGCGCCCGGACCUCUGAGAGCAACACACACUCCCAUCAUAUUUUCCCCUUAUUGAUCACCUCGAAACAAAGCAAACACGCUCUUACAACAUGGGCGCACAUUCACGUGAUUUAGUCUUACGAUCCGUUCUCAGUACUGACGGUCUCUGUGCAAACUUCGUCCGUGCUCCCGCUCUCUCCGAGCUGUAUACACUUAAGUAUAUAAACACAAACACACACUCCCAUAGUGUUCCCUGUCCUCCUCAAAAACUGUGACUCUGAGAGAGUCACUCUUGAACUAUGCAGCAAAGGGAGAGAGAGAGUGUGUGAGAGAGAUAGAGAGAGAGAGCAAGACCAUAUAUGGGAAUAUGGGAGGGGCCUCAUUGAUAACACCAGCCCACUAUGCAGAUGAACGCUGCUAAUGACAGGACAAGACUGAUAAAGGAGUGAAAGAGCUAUAAGAAGGAUAUUUAGUUUUGCUUUAUGAGAUAUUUAUCAUUAUACAGAUAUUAAUCAGGUUAUUAUUCUAUAAUUUAUUAGAGGAAAGCCAAUUUUAGAGACCUAUAACUGCGUUAGCUGUUUGUUUAGUUAGGAAAUGCAAACAUCCCUUUACUUGAUGCUUUUUUUAAAGUAUUUUAAAUUGUUAUCAGUCUGUUUUCUUGUCGUUCCACAUGGAUAUAUUGCCGUUGGUCUGUGUAUUCGCACACAUUUUGAGUAACCUCAUCUGACCGGCUUUUGUUAUAAACACAAAGCUCAUUGGUCUGUCAGUUUACAGAUGCUAAGGCUUUCUGUCAUGGGUAAUCACAGAAUAACACAGAGUACCAGUCUAAUAUACGAACGUGACAGUUUGGUAGCAAGGCAACACACACACACACUCGCUCGCGCCCAAUCAGUGUCAUAAUUUUGUCAGUGUUGAUGCAUAGAUUAGAUGAUUUGAGAUUGCAGAUGCACACACACACACACAAAACCUCAGAUGAGAUGAUUGCGGUUCAGUCACAGUUUGACGUGGCCUUUUAUCUCCGCAUAUUUUGCUCUCAGUAUUUCCUCAUUACGGCCUCACAAAGGUCAGUGUGCCUGUCAAAAAUCUGUCCGCAUCCUAUCUUGAUUAAGAUCUAAAACCUCACCAUGUUAUUUGCGUGUGUGUGUGUGUGUGUGUGUGUUUAAUCCAAAACCUGUCAUGAAUUCAUUACUCUUGAUCUUAUUCAGAAUAACAUUUUCGAUUCUGGAAGCAUCAUUGAUUUAUUUGCACAGAGGAGCCAUUGCCAAAACAUAAUGACCAUAAUGGCGGUGACUGAAAAUACAUCAGUACUGUUGAAAGGAGGAUGCAGGUGUAUUUUUUAAGAUUACACUUGAAUAGCAACGUGUUAAAUUUCAGAUAUAUUAAACUCUCCUGCUACAAGUAUAUACAAGUGUUCCUGUCAGUCUGAACAAAGUCACGUCGCUUUGCCCCAGAUGGUUUUAGAUGGACUAAGACUGAUCUUCUGUCUUCAGACAUGUAGAAUUAGACAUUACUGUUGAGUCUAUGUUGUUUGAUUGGAACCAUUUUUCAUCAGAUUUUUUUUUAAACGUGCCCUAGCAUACAGA